CGCCCACUCUAAAGAUGGCGGCAGUAGCGCGCCCGGAGUCAGAGAUGCGCAUGCGUGUUGCGUUCGGCGGCUGACGGAAAUCCGAGAGUUUGGUUCCUUGUCACUCUCCGGCGGCGGCGGCCAAUGAAGAGAGCGUUGGCAUGGCAACAAGGCACUGAGGAAGCAGGCUCCUCCCCUGAACUGGUUGGCGGGAGAGUGCUGCAGAGGGACAAAAGGGGAGUGUGAGGAAUGCCAAGAUGGAGAACAAACGGAAGGCUUCUACAGCAGGCUCUGGCAAAGGGGAUCCCGCUUUGUCACAAUGGAAAAAACCACGAGGAGGGGAUUGGGAGGAAGAUGGUCCUUCCCAGUUUGAGGAGGAAUUGGCUUUUCUGGAAGAUCUGGAAUCUGAAAUGGCUCUGGAGGCAAAGGAAGCACAGCUGGCCCCAGAUGCCAUUCCCAUUGGUAAUCUCUUCUCAUCAGUGAGUAACCCCAAGUGGCAGAGACCACUGCCUCCCAAAAUAAACCCCAAAAAGGAGGCGUUGUGUUUCCAGCAACUGGAAUUAGAUUACUACGUGGGUACUCACAUUCCUGGAUUCCCAGGAUCCACUCAGGGCCCAGUUCCAGUUUUGAGGAUGUUUGGUGUCACUGAAGCUGGCAAUAGUAUCUGCUGUCACAUCCAUGGUUUUGCUCCAUAUUUUUAUGUGCCUGCCCAGGCUGGGUUCCAAGCAGAGCACCUGGCUGAAUUUCAGCGGGAGCUGAAUGCGGCUGUCAUCCGGGACAUGCGGUCCAACAAGGAUGGUCUUAGCCAAGUUGUUUUGGCAGUGGAGAUCUGCAACAAACAAAGCAUGUAUGGCUACCAUGGGGAAAAUCUCAUACCUUUCUUGAAAAUUACUAUGGCAAUGCCCCGACUAAUUGCACCAGCAAAGAGAUUGUUAGAACAAGGGCUACGGUGUGGAACUUUAGGGGUACACCAUUAUCAAGCCUAUGAGGCUAAUAUUGAUUUUGAAAUCAGGUUCAUGGUGGACAGGGACGUUGUCGGAUGCAACUGGAUUGAAUUGCCUGCUGGAAAGUAUCAUCUGCGGCAAGAACAGUCUGCUGGAGAAUCUAGCAAGGAGAAUCCACCCAAGGUGUCGCUUUGUCAGCUGGAGGCUGAUGUGGCUUGGAUGAACUUCAUUAGCCAUCCACCUGAAGGAGAGUGGCAACGCAUUGCACCUUUACGUGUGCUCAGUUUUGAUAUUGAAUGUGCCGGACGCAAAGGCAUUUUCCCUGAACCAGAGAAGGACCCAGUGAUUCAGAUUGCCAAUAUGGUCCUACGCCAGGGGGAGAAAGACCCCUUUGUGCGUAAUGUCUUCACUUUGCAGAGCUGUGCCCAGAUUGUUGGUUCCCAGGUGCUCUGUUUCAGAAAGGAGGAGGAACUACUCAAGACCUGGGCAGAAUUCAUACGAACUGUGGACCCUGACAUUAUCACUGGUUAUAACAUCCAGAACUUUGAUCUUCCCUAUCUUAUAAACCGUGCCCAGACUCUGAAGGUCUCUACAUUUCCCUUCCUUGGCCGAAUUCCUGCACGCAAAUCUGUUAUCCGGGACUCUUCCUUCCAGUCCAAGCAGAUGGGUCGGAGAGAGAAUAAAGUCAUUAACACAGAAGGCAGAGCCCAGUUUGAUCUGCUUCAGGUUCUGCUGCGAGAUUACAAAUUGCGCUCCUACACUUUGAAUGCUGUUAGCUAUCACUUCCUCCAGGAGCAGAAAGAAGAUGUACAGCAUUCCAUUAUCACAGACCUGCAGAAUGGUACGGAUCAGUCACGUCGACGGCUGGCUGUAUAUUGUCUCAAGGAUGCCUACCUGCCCCUGCGGCUCUUGGAGAAGCUCAUGUGUGUCAUUAACUACAUGGAGAUGGCAAGAGUCACUGGUGUCCCACUCAGCUACCUCUUGGCACGAGGGCAGCAAAUCAAAGUUGUCUCUCAGCUCCUGCGGCAGGCCAUGAAGCAAAACCUGGUGAUGCCAGUGGUCAAGUCAGAAGGUGGAGAAGACUAUGCUGGUGCAACUGUCAUUGAGCCUCUGAAGGGCUAUUAUGAUGUGCCCAUUGCAACCUUGGAUUUCUCCUCCCUGUACCCUUCCAUCAUGAUGGCUCACAACCUGUGCUAUACCACACUGUUGCAACAAGGUGCAGUGGAGCGCUAUGGGCUUUCAGCAGACCAGUUCAUUCGCACCCCAACUGGGGACCUUUUUGUGAAAGCAUCUGUUCGCAAGGGGUUGUUGCCUGAGAUUCUGGAGAACUUGCUGGCCGCCCGCAAAAGGGCUAAAACAGAGCUGAAGCAAGAGACAGAUCCAUUCAAACGCCAGGUGCUGGAUGGACGACAGCUGGCCCUCAAGGUCAGCGCCAACUCAGUUUAUGGUUUCACUGGGGCCCAAGUGGGAAAACUGCCAUGCCUGGAGAUCUCUCAGAGUGUAACAGGAUUUGGGCGUCAGAUGAUAGAGAAGACAAAACAGUUGGUGGAAUCCAAGUAUACUAUUGCCAAUGGCUACAGUGCUGAUGCUAAGGUAGUCUAUGGGGACACAGACUCAGUCAUGUGCCGCCUGGGUGUGCCAUCAGUUGCCGAGGCCAUGGAGAUUGGAAGAGAAGCAGCAGCCUGGGUCUCCAGCCAUUUUAUUCCCCCAAUCAAGCUAGAAUUUGAGAAGGUAUAUUUCCCUUAUCUCCUGAUCAAUAAGAAGCGCUAUGCUGGCCUGUACUUCUCCUCCAACCCUGAUACGCAUGACAAAAUGGACUGUAAGGGUAUUGAGACUGUGCGGCGAGACAACUGCCCCCUAGUGGCAAAUCUAAUCAACACUUGUCUGCAGAAAUUGCUCAUAGAUAGGGACCCUGCAGGUGCUGUGGCCCAUGCUAAGGAGGUGAUCUCUGACCUGCUGUGCAACAGAGUUGACAUCUCACAACUGGUGAUCACCAAGGAACUGACACGCACAGCAGAUGAGUAUGCAGGGCGCCAGGCCCAUGUAGAAUUGGCUGAGCGGAUGCGUCGACGAGAUCCUGGCAGUGCUCCCAACCUGGGGGACCGAGUUCCUUAUGUCAUUAUCGGUGCUGCCAAAGGUGUUGCAGCUUACAUGAAAUCAGAAGAUCCCAUCUAUGUGCUGGAGAAUAACCUGCCCAUUGACACCCAGUAUUACUUGGAGCAGCAGCUUGCUAAGCCCCUCCUGCGCAUAUUUGAACCCAUCUUGGGGGAGGGCAAGGCACAGAAUAUUCUGCUGAAAGGGGAACACACCCGCUGCAAAACAGUGUUGACAGCCAAGGUUGGGGGACUCAUGGCUUUUGCUACCAAACGAAGCACCUGUAUCGGUUGCCGGGCUGUGCUCAACCACCAUGGUGCUGUAUGCAAAUUCUGCUUGGACCGUCAGUCUGAGCUCUAUCAAAAAGAGGUGACCUAUCUGAGCUCUUUGGAGGAGAAGUUUUCACGCUUGUGGACCCAGUGCCAGCGCUGCCAAGGGAGCUUGCAUGAAGAUGUUCUGUGUACCAGCCGUGACUGCCCCAUCUUCUACAUGCGGAAAAAAGUACAGAAGGACCUUGAUGACCAAGAAGUGCUGAUCUCACGCUUUGGCCCUCCCACAUGGUGAUGCUUCCUUGACCUUUUUUCCUUCUUUGUAAGAGUAAAACCCACUGUCUCCUGCCUACUUUUAAGGAGGCAGUAGUGAAGGCAUAUCAAGCAUGGUAAGCCAGAGAGAACAUUGUCCCCAUGCAGUUAUGAGAAUGCCUUCCAUUGCCAUGAUUAAGCGGGAGGGGACAAAAGGACUCUGCAUAUUGCAGGAAAAAUAUCAAAUUUGACCUUGAAAGCUCUUUUGUAGGGGCUUGUGUUUUUGUAAUGUGAAUUUUUACAAAUAAAUACUUUUCAUUUUGUUUCCUA